AAAAGCACGCUCCACUCCGGAUAUGGCGUGCAGUACCGGCAACCACGUCACUGCAAACGUGCCCCAAGCGCUUGUUCUCGAGAGCCCCAAAUCUUAACCCGAAAGCAUGAAGUCCAUGAUCCCACUGGUUUGCAUCGCCAUCCUUGCUAGCGUGGUGUCGGCAGGGUUCUACGGCGGAUACGGUGGUUACGGCGGAUACGGAGGAGGAUAUGGCGGCGGCUACGGCGGCUAUGGAGGACACGGUGGUGGCUACGGGUACCACCCUGUAGGCCGCGUGUUUGUGUACUCGACCCAUAUCCAGCACCCGUCCUACGGUUACGGCUAUGGUGGUUAUGGUCACGGUGGUUACGGUGGUUAUGGUGGAUAUGGUUACGGACACGGCUACGGACAUGGAUACCACGGUUAAGACAGCAACUGUUGUGCCCUGUUCCUGCGAAGAUUAUUUACCUCGUGCUUAUGAGGAAGUUUUCGCAUCUUCAGGACGACCUUGUCAUCAAAUUGGGAUUGUUUAGUUGGAGAGCAAAGCUGCUUCUCGCUAAUCUCGCGGAUGGUGGGAAAACUGUGAUCUGUAAAUAAAAGUUUUCACGUA